AUGCAGGGCUCGUCGCUGCGUACAUGCAUGAACGGGGAGAGGUACUUAUCGGACUCCGAAGUCAUCGCCGGAGAGGCGCUGGCGUUCGCGACGACGGUGCCGGUUGCUGGCGAUGGGAAGGAUGUGUGGGUGUUUGAUGUUGACGAGACUUUGCUUAGUAAUCUGCCUUACUACAGAGAUGCUGGAUAUGGGUCAGAGGAAUUCAAUGAGACUUCAUUCGAUGAUUGGGCCUUUCUGGCAAAGGCCCCAGCAUUACCAGCAAGCUUGAAGCUGUAUGAGGAGCUUCAAGGGCUUGGAUUUAAAUUGGUCAUAUUGACGGGCAGGUCUGAGGAGCAGCGUGCAGUCACUGAACAUAAUCUAAAGCUCGCUGGUUACCAUUCCUGGGAGAGGCUCUUCUUGAGGGGACCAUCUGAUCAAGGCACAACUGCUGUGGUCUAUAAAUCAGGGAGGCGAGCAGAGCUUGUAGCUCAAGGAUACAGGAUCCAUGGCAGCUCAGGAGAUCAAUGGAGUGAUUUGUUGGGCUCACCAAUGGCUACUAGGUCCUUCAAGCUUCCAAACCCAAUGUACUACAUUUCUUGAUGUCAUUUUAUUUGUAACUUGUUAACUGGAUAAUUUUGCAAAUAAGCAAUUGGCCCCUGCAACAAAUGGCAUAGAGUGCAAAAUUUCUUGUUUGUAACACAUUGAGACAGAAUUUUAAUCUUGCACGUCCCAGAUGGUUCAGGAAUUAUGAUAGUCAUAAGAGGCUGUUUGUUUUGGCCCUUUUGGGUUAUUUGAAUUAUAAGACAGAAUAUUUCGGAGCAGGUGACUUUUGAUGUUUUUUUUAUUUUGAAACAAACUUUUGAUGUAAUUUUGUACUUUUUUAAUUUUGUACUUUUUUAAUUUCCACUUGCUACCUAUAUGAUUUUCUAUAAA